AUGCUUGAGCGGGUCCGGUUCGGUGGUUUUAGUGGCACGUAUAAAGUAAGGAGCGCCGAGCUGGCUCGUGACAGGAAAGCGCAAACCAAGCCGGUGACCGUACUUUUCCUCGAUGAAAGUACGCACACGUUCCACCUGGACAAGCGCGCCAAGGGCGCCGAGCUACUCGAGCUGGUCUACCAGCACGUGGAGCUGUCCGAGCGGGACUACUUCGGGCUGCAGUUUCCGUGCGCCACCGACGGCGGUGGUGAGCUUCCGGUGGCCGGACUGAGCAAUGGUAGCAGCGGCGGCCACAGCCAUAAGGAUGCGUCCGGCUCGAGCAGCAGCAGUAUUGGCGGCGCAAGUGCGGCCGGUGCCGGCACCACGCCAGCCGGCGGAGCCAUCACUGCCAGCCUUCCUUCGGGACGGCACCCCGUAAGAUGGUUGGAUCCAAACAAACCGUUCCGGAAGCAGCUGAAUGGUGUGCGUUCUAGUGGCCGUCGGUUGGCCAUGAUCAGGGGUAACGGUCACGGAGAGAACGGUGCUGGUGGCGGCCAUCCGUACGUUCCUUUGCUCCUGUUUCGCGUCAAGUUCUACGUGACCGAUCCGAGCCGGUUGCAGGAAGAGUACACACGCUACCAGUUCUAUCUGCAGAUCCGGCGGGACGUCUAUCAGGGCCGGUUGAUCGUUGGCCUGAACACCGGCUGCCUGCUGUCCAGCUACACCGUUCAGGCUGAGCUUGGCGAUUACAAUCCGCUGGAGCACACGCCCGGAUACCUUAGCGAGCUGCAGCUACUGCCCGAGCAGACGGAGGAAGCGGAACACCGCAUAUGCGAACUGCACAAGCUACACCGUGGCCAGCUACCGGCCGACGCGGAGUUCAAUUAUCUCGAUCACGCCAAACGGCUCGAACUGUACGGAAUCGACUUCCACCGAGCGACCGAUUCUUCAGGAAAAGAGCUGGCACUCGGUGUUUCGUCCGUCGGUUUGCUGGUUUAUCAGAACGGGACGCGCAUCAACACGUUCUCGUGGUCGAAGGUGGUCAAAGUGUCAUUCAAACGAAAGGAUUUCUUCAUCCAACUAGCAAGGGAACCGUCCGAACACUACGACACACUGCUCGGAUUUAGCAUGGGUUCGCACCGGAACGCCAAGCUGCUGUGGAAGGCUUGCGUGGAGCACCAUUCGUUCUUCCGGCUAAAGAAACCACAUCGUUCGCCGCGAUCCUUCCUGCCACUGACACUGCGCUCCAAAUUCCAUUACUCGGGUCGGACCGAACUGCAGGCCGUGACGGAGAGCCGACAGCGGGGCAAGGUGGCCAAGAUUUUCAUCCGGUCACCUAGUAAACGGUUGCUUACCAUCUCGCAGCCACACUCACCACAGCUGAAUGGCAACGGAGCUGACGGCAGCGGCAGCGGAUCGUGCAUCGAAGCCGGCAGUCAGAAUGGAGGGGUGAAUGCGACCGUCAACAAGAAUCAGCUCACGCUGUUGUCCAUCACGAAGGGCACACGCACGUACGACAAGGUUACCUCCAAGACGCCCUCGAUACCGCGGAAGGCCUGGGAGCAGCAGAGUGAUGAACCAACGUUCAUUGAACAUUGCGCGAACACUCGAGCUUCGAUGCCGUUGUACGAUUCUCCGCCCGCUUACGGUGGCCUCAAUGGUUCCAGCGCCGAAAACGGCGCGCAACCGACGGACGAAGGGGGACUCGUGACGAUCCACCUGACAGCGGACGAACAAGGUCGGUUUGGGUUCAACGUUAAGGGUGGCGUUGAUCUUGGGCUUCCCAUCGUCGUGUCACGCGUUGCCCCACACACACCGGCCGACAGGAGUACGCCACGGGUCUGCGAAGGCGAUCAGGUGGUUCGCAUCAACGGGCGUGACGUUGGCUCGAUGAUGUACGAACAGGUGGUCAGUUUGAUUCGGGCGUCUCGCGAGUAUCAGGGCGGUCAGCUACUGCUGACCCUCAAACCGAAUGCCUUAAUCGAUUACCCGGAGGAGGAACCGCUCUACGAGUACGUGCCGGAAGAGAGUGACCUCGGGCGGGUGCUGAACGGUGAUCAGCUGUUUACGCAGUCGUUGCUACUGCUACGCGACGGUCUCGCUUCCGGUGCCCUACUGGCGCAGUAUGAGCAGCUCUACCGAAAGAACCCGGAGCUGGCCAUCACCGAGGCACGCAAGACAGAGAAUAUGCCGAAAAAUCGUUACCGUGACAUAUCACCGUAUGAUUGCACGCGUGUGGUACUGCAGCAUGCGGAGGGAGGCGAUUAUAUCAACGCGAACUACGUUAAUAUGGAGAUUCCGCCGGCGAGGACUACCAAUCGGUACAUCGCAACGCAGGGGCCGCUACCGACAACGGUCAACGAUUUCUGGCGCAUGGUGCAGCAGGAAAGCAGCCACCUGGUGGUGAUGCUGACGACGGUGAAGGAAAGCGGCCGGACCAAGUGUCACCAGUAUUGGCCCUCGGCAGACGACGAUCCGCUCGUCCCGUCCGCUGGUCUGACCAUCAACUGCCUGACGGAGAAAGCCGACGAAACCGGAAGCUUCGUGUUUCGCGAUCUCGUGCUGACGGACGAUCGGACGAACGAACGGCGUUCGAUACAACACAUGCAGUACCUGGCCUGGCCCGAUCACGGUGUGCCGGCCGAUCCGAAUUUGUUUCUCCAGUUCACCGAACGGGUGCGAUCGGCCCGUGAGACGACGCUGCCGCGAGAGAUUGAGGCGUGCCUGAAGAACGUGAAGCUGCGCAGUGUGGACGACAACGGCGGACUGGACAACUCGGAGCGUCGUGUGUUGCACACGGACAGUGACGAAAGCCCGAGCGAUAUGCCUUCCUCGACGUCGGUGCACCAGUACAUAAGCGCCUCGAAUCCACCCAUCAUCGUGCACUGUUCGGCGGGAAUCGGACGAACCGGAGUUCUUAUACUGAUGGACACCGCCUUGGCGCUGAUGGAGGCGCGAGAACCUAUGUAUCCGCUGGAUAUUGUACAAGCGAUGCGUGAUCAACGGCCAUGCAUGGUGCAGAAUGUGGGUCAGUAUCGAUUCGUUUGCGAGUGCAUUUGCGCGGCGUAUCUCCAGCAGGCUACCAAGGUGGACCAGACCAGAGGGGAUGUUACUGCAUCUCCCGUGGCCGCCCCAUCGUCACCCGUUGGCCCAGCACGGCUACCAAAGUCAAUUCCAAGCAUGGCUUCACCGGAGGAAACCGCCCUCGAUACACCGGCAGACAGCGACACGAAGUCUCCACUAGCCGCCGAUGUCGUCUCCGCAACACCACCGACAAACGACGGUGAGGAUGGAGACCACCAGCGCCACCGGUAUUAAGAACCCCUUCAGAGGUCCUGUGUGUGUGUGUUUGAGAAAGAAAGAGAGAGAGAGGUGCCUUUAGCAACACUAUCGUAAGCGGUAUUAAUUUAUUUCAUUCAUCAUUUUACGAACGUAUCACACUUCCCUGAGUUCGAACCAUUUAAUGUGUGACAACAACAAUCGCCACCAGCUGCCGAACGGGAACGUUUUCAGUAGAAUUUCGUUAACUAUAAGCACCCCCUUCGCGCGGGGUUACCAACUCGUCGCAGAAGAACUAAGAAGCAUGAAAUUGUGAUGAUAAACAGUAUACUUCAGGCAAAAACAGGUCGACCCGCGAGUGGCCGCGGUGGGAAAGAAGUGGCUUCUAGCAGCAGGGAAAAGAAUAAACGAACAAAUCGAUCAAUAGCACGAGCGCGGACACGUUCGAGUUAGUUUUUUUAGGGUAAGAUACGCAUAAACGUCCGAGGCGCACAGACCCCCCCCGAACAGGAUUUCACUGUUUCGUGUUCGGUUCAAUCAAAUCGUCAGCUUCCUUCCAUCUGCUGCUGUUGAGCUUGAGCACCACAUCACCGUUCAUCACACGUAAUAAGUUUAUUUCAAACUCUCUCUUGCUGCACACCGCAACGUUAAAGCGUAGGAAAAGAUUUUUCUAUAUCAUCGUUCAUUCUGUAACUCCUAUUUAAACCGCCGGGAUGCUAUCCGCGGGAGCGAGAAACGUACACACCCUACAAACCCGAGAUUAACAUUAACAAACCCCCGUCUGGUACAAGUUGUAGAGGCCACGAUUAGCUUUUAAGAGACCAGUUUUCUGCAAUUCUCAUAACACGCAUAUUAUUCGGUGUAAAAGGCAAUGGAGAGCGGAGUAAAGCGAAGUAUAAAUGCAAUAUAUUCGUCGCGUUAGUGAAAUAGAUUAUUCGCCAGCCAGCGGAUAUAGUACGAGGGUUGUGUUAGAUGUUUUUCAAACGGCGGAGGGAAACGAAACAACGUUUUUGGCCAUACGGUUUCUUCCGUUGGUCGAGCGAUUCGUCCCGAUAUCUUUAGAUUGCAUACGGCACCGUCUUAACUCAACGUCACAAAGCGCAGUGAGCAUCGGUGUGUUGGGCAGAAGAGUGACGACCGAAUUUCCCGGAAGAAUUAGUACAACAGCAGACCGUUCGCACAAGUAAAAAAAAAAAUGAACUCGAAGCGCAUCGAUCGAUUAUCAUAAAUAUCAUCGCGCUCUGCUACAUCUGUUCGUUCGAAGGAAUAAACCGAAUUAUUGUAGUAUUGCGCAGUUCAUCCGCUCUCAACACAGGCCUAGGGCAAACAGGAACGGGCCUUGGAGCAUCGUGAGCGUAUAUCCUGUGUAAUAGGCGAGUGACCCCGUUUUAAUCAUUACCGAUAUGAAAUC